CCGGUCAAGAUCAGCAAGCCCCCGCCACCAGAGCCCAGGGUGGUCAAUUGAACGGAGAACCCGCUAAGACCCCGGUUGCUUUGAGCCAGCCACAAGCAGCCACUGCAAACCCAUCAAGCCCUCGGAACAAGACCGCCCCGCCCCAAGUUGGAUCAACCUUCUCAAGCAAGACAGGUGUGUCAGUGGAAGGAGCUUCUGCGCAGGCGGCGUAUCCUGAGAACGCUCGCACGUACAGCAGCGUCGUGAAAGUGGGCAAGCAGUACACUGACGGUGCGCGGCGCCUGGUCAGAGCAGAAACUGACAACCGCAAAAACCUGGCAAACGCUCAGAGGGAAAAGACCCAGCAACGAAGCGUGACCCAACAAAUAGCGAAAGCUACGGGCGCUCUUCGGGCCGAGGUUGCUCAGCUUGAGAAAGAGAAAGCUGAGAUGGGGAACAACAACUCCAAGAAGGACGAGCAAAUCAGACAGUUGAGUGCGGAGCUUCAGCGCGCCGCGAGGGGAUGGCAGGACGCCUGGGAACAGGAGGCUUCGAAGUACAAGGCUGACAUUCUGAACUUAAAGAAGCGCCUAGAAGAGUCGGAUAAUCAUGGGAAAACCCUGCAAGCGGAGGUGCAGAGACGGGGCCAGGAAAUCACCCGAGAGCAGGCCCGUGCGAAUGCGGAGGCGGAGAAGAGGGUUGAGUCGGAGACCAGACUCCAAGCCCUGCAAAAGACUUCCGUCCAUGAGCGCCUGUUCAACCAGGUCUCCGGGGAGUUGGCGGCCCUCAAGCAGCAACUGGGGGCUACGUCCGACGCAAACUGCAUCGCCAACAGGAACGCCCUCAAUUCGGCGGUCCAGAACUUGAAGAAGAAGGUCGUCUUCUGCGCCAUGGCCCUGAUGCAGGAGUCGGAGCCUCCCGUCGACCCCAGGGCUCUGCAGCCCAGCGCGCACUUCUCCAACCCGGAGGACAGGCAGGCCUUGCUGGAGGGUCUGCUGUCCCGCAUCCUUUUCCAGGGCUUCGAGAACGAGGGGUUCGUACCGGAAGGCAGCGCGUGCUUUGGCAGCAAGCGGGACCGCUGCGCCAAGUACGAGGCUCAGUACAAGGCCCUCACGGAGCGUGACGCGGCGCCCCCUGGUUACGCAGAGUUUCUCCAGGAACGGACGGCGCUCAUACAGAGCGAGCUUGCCAGGCUCCUGAACGUGGACCCGUCCAAAUGCUCCGCCAACUUCGGGAAGUACUGGGCUGCCGCGCUGAGGGACGUCUUCACCCUGCAUCUGCUAACGCUGGCCGCGCCCGUCCUCCCGCGGCUCAUCCGGCGCGUGCGGGGGGAUCCCUUCGAUCCGGUGUACUGCGAGAAGACCUUCGCGUGCACGCGCGAGCGGGAGGGUUUCGUUGACACCGUCGCUUUCAUGUUAUACCCUGGGCUGUGCUUGAUGGACGAGGUUGUGCCGGGCCUGACCAGCGAGGUAUACCUGGAGAAUCAGUUAGCGGCGGGGCAGCCAGAAAGCAACGGGGGGGAGCUGCACGUGCCCAACAACGGGCAAGCCUCGGCCGAAGAACAGCAGAAGGCAGACGAGGAAAUGGCAGACGCAGGGCCAGGCCGCACGGUUGGAAACGGAGACCAUACGCACUAG